AUGACAGGAUUUGAGGUAGGUUCGCUAAUAGAUUGCUCGCUCUUUCAAGAAGGAGAAAAAGUUAAAAUUACUGGUGUUUCCAAAGGCAAAGGCACCGCCGGUGUAAUUAAAAAGUAUCAUUUCUCACGGGGCAGAAUGACACAUGGGGGUGGUUAUCCGCACCGAUUAAUUGGUUCCAUGGGGGGUGGUCGAGGCUCUAAUCAAGGCAUCCCGAAAGGCAAAAAAAUGCCAGGUCGUAUGGGUGGGAAAAAAACUACUCAACCAGCAAUAGUGGAAAAAAUAGACCAAGCAAGCCAAAUUAUUUUUCUCCGCGGUGCGGUUCCUGAAAAGACCAAAAAAAAUUUGUUACAAACUGGUUAUAGUCAAUUAACCGAUAUUCAAUUACAAGUCAUUCCCUCAGCAUUGGCGGGGAAAGACAUGGUGGCUCAGUCCCGCACUGGGACCGGAAAAACCGCUGCCUUUCUAAUUCCGGUGUGCGAGAAAAUAGAAGCCACUGCUCAGCUCCAAGUGCUUAUUUUAGUGCCAACCCGGGAACUGUCUCUGCAAGUGAGUGAAGAAGCUAAAAAAUUGUCUGCCCAUAAAAAUUUACGGGUUUUAGCCGUUUACGGGGGCGACCCCAUUCGCAAACAAUUAAGUUUUUUACGUCGGGGAGCCGAUAUUAUAGUCGGAACGCCCGGUCGCAUUAUUGACCAUAUUUUUACCCAGAAAAGCCUGCGUUUAGACCAUUUAAAAUUCGUAGUUUUAGACGAAGUUGACGAAAUGAUUAGCAAAGGGUUUUUAAAAGAUAUUGAAAAAAUAAUUAAAAAAACUCCCGAACAACGGCAAACUUUGCUUUUCUCGGCAACUAUUCCGCCGCAAGUGGGUAAUUUUGCCCAGCGCUUUUGCCAUAAUCCUGACUACAUUACCAGCGAACAGCAGGAAAAAGGGGCAAUAAACAAUAUUCAGCAUUAUUAUAUUGAAACCACUUCGACCCAGAAAAGCCAUAUUUUAACUAAUUUUCUCCAACUUAAUAAACCAAAGUCGACCAUUGUUUUUGCUAAUACUAAGCGAAAAGUAGAACAAAUAAAAGAAAAUUUAUCCCAAAAAAAUUUGCUCGCUGACUAUAUUCACAGUGGCUUAUCGCAAGCCCGCCGACUGAGAGUUUUUGACCGGUUUAAAAAAAAGCAAAUGCCUUUACUAGUGGCAACGGAUGUAGCCGCCCGCGGUUUAGAUGUUAAGGAUAUUAAUUAUGUGGUUAAUUAUGAUUUUCCCCAAACCCAAGAUUUUUAUAUUCACCGGGUUGGUCGCACUGGCCGAGCCGGAGCCAGUGGCAAGGCCAUAACCUUUGUUAAUUCUCCCAAAGAAAAAGGUCAAUUAUUGUCCCUAGGGCGCCAACGAGAAUUCAAAGUGGAAAAAUUUAUUAAUCCCUAG